UUGGUGCUUCUGCUCAGAGCUGCCUGGUGAGUGCAGGAUGUGUGGCAGGUUCCUGAGGCAGCUGUUGGCUGAGGAGAGCCARCAUUCCACCCCUGUGGGACGCCUCCUGCUUCCUGUUCUCCUGGGAGUCCGUCUUGUGCUGCUGGCUGCCAGUGGGCCUGGGAUCUAUGGUGAUGAUCAGAGAGAAUUUGUGUGUCACACUCAGCAACCAGGCUGCAAGGUGGCCUGCUACGAUGCCUUCCACCCACUCUCUCCACUGCGCUUCUGGGCCUUCCAAGUCAUCUUGUUGGCUGUGCCCAGUGUCCUCUAUCUGGGCUUCACCCUUUAUCAUGUGAUUGAGCACUGGGAAGAAUCAGAAAAUGUGAUGAAGAAGGAAGAGAUCCUGACCCACAAAGGGGACAGCAGCAGAAGGGUCUCUGCGGCUAGAAACCUCAAGCUUCUCUGGGUCUAUGUGGCACAGYUGGGUGCUCGGCUGGUUCUUGAAGCGGCAUCCCUGGGGGGGCAGUACCUUUUGUAUGGGUUCAACAUUCCCAGCUCCAUUUCAUGUCGCCAAGAGCCUUGCAUUGGCAGUGUAACCUGUAAUCUGUCCCACCCCUCUGAGAAGACCAUCUUCCUAAAGACCAUGUUUGGGUUCACUGGUCUCUGUCUCUUGGUUACUCUUUUGGAGCUGGUGCUUCUGGGUUUGGGGAGAUGGUGGAUGAUCCUGAAGCACAAAUCUUCCUCCUCAACUUCAGAGAGUACUACAAGAUACAAGGAACCAACUGGCAACUUCCCAGUGGUGGAAACAAAAGAGCAGUUUCUAGAAGCAGGUGAGAAGGACCCUAAAGACCCUCUCACUUCCUGUCCCUGA